AUUUUUUUAGUUUUAUCUUAUAUGCUUAGUAAAACAUUUGAAAGGUCUAUUUUGUAUGUAUUUUUCGAUUCCCUUACACCUCCCUCCCCCGUUGUGUUUAGUCAACAUAUCGUGUUUUCCAAACGGCUGCUGCGGCGGUUCAUAUCGAUCAUAAGCUCGUGAAAAAGGAAAAAUUUAUACUAGUCAACCAAAUGUGAACCAUUUUUACACUGCUUUUAGCUUUUUCUAUAUGUGAAAACAACCUUCAACCGCAUUCCGGCCAGCGGUUGAAUUAAAAAGCCGCCGCCAUUUUGAACUUGGUGGAUGUUAUUUGAUGCUGAUAGCUUCCAAUGCAAGAUGUUUUAAAUCAUACCAAACUAACAUUCAGUGAAAGGUGUAAAAAGUCUCUAACAAACGGCGAUGUCUAUGUUAAAAGUUGUAAGAACUUUCACGAACAACCAGUUAUUCAGACAAAAUCUCAGUAGGCUGUUAAGGAAUGUUCAAUUCUGUGCUCGAUUUGCAAGUGAAAGUGCAAGAUUUCAGAGUGGCGAACAAGAUUUCGACAAAGAGGCUUAUAAUCGUCGCCAGAAGCGGUUGGUGGCUGCUAUCAUUGGUUCUUCUGUAGGACUGAUCGGUUCGAGUUAUUGUUUGUAUAGAAAACUUAGCAAGGCAAAUGCACAGAGUCCAAAUGCCGCCCUUGAUAGCAGAAACCCUGGUGGUGAAAAGAACUCAGAUGAAAAUAAAGAAGAAGAAACCGACGGAAAAAGGAAAAAGGGUAAACAUGGAUUCAGGGAAAGAAGGGUGAGAAAGUUUGCUUUGCUACUGCGCCUUAGGCAGACCUGCUACCCCCCAAAUAAAUUAAAUUAACUGGAAGCUGGCUUUUACAUGUAGCUACAUCCCUGCAUGUUAAUUUGCUACUGUGGCUGAAGGGGUCAGGUGCUUGGGUGCUUAUUCGAUAUUUAACAAUUAUUCCUCGAGCCCAAAUGGGCUCUGAGUCAAUAGCCCAUGAGGUCGAAGGCUGAAUGGGCUAUUGACUCAAAGGCCAUGAGGGCGAGAGGAAUAAUGUUAUUGUUUUAGUAAAAUCCAACUAGUUGGUCAAAAAUAUUGAGACAAAACAACUUUAGUUAGCAAAACAUGAUUCAACGGCCUUUAUUUUGGUUUUCAAAGCCGGCGCUUUUCGCUACUAGUAGGCUAUAACAUAUAGCUUAGUGGUAGCUCAACCAAUCAGAACACAGCAUUGAUGACAGGCCACUAAUUAGAUUUUACUAAUGAUUCUCAGCCUGCAUUGCAAGCAGACUUGUUACUCAAGACCUAGUUAGUCAAUAGAGAAUAGUCUAUGUUGUGGAUGUAGACACAUGCUAGUAAUGCAAUGUAUCUCUUCAAUUACCUUGCUCUUUUGAGUGAUUAAAUUUUUCUUCUUUUUUAGAUUAUUGAAUAUGAAAAUCGUAUAAGGCAGUACAGCACACCUGACAAAGUUUUCAGGUACUUUGCAUCACUCAAAGUUGUUCAUGUUGGAGAAGAUAAUGAAGUGUUUAUGACACCAGAAGAUUUUGUGAGAUCUUUAACACCUGGAAAAAUACAACCAGCUGGUAAUAAAUUCUAGGAAUUAUAGUCUAAUCAUAUUGAUUUUAUAUAAAUGACCCAACAGCUGAAUUUUAUGUCUGAACAUUAGCUGUUUGCCCAUUUCUUCAUUCUAACAGAAAGACACCUCUAAGUUUUAGCUAGGUGCGAAAGUUAAUUUUUUAGUAAUUCCCAUAACUGCAUGAACCAAAUAAUAUUCUAUUUUAUUAGUAUGAGCAAUCUUGCUAAUUGUAGUCUUAUAGUGUAGUUCCCCCUAGCUUUAAAAAAAGACUCCUUCCCCAGAAGAAGUCUACUGAACAAGCAAUAUGGUGUAUUUUUGGAAAUGCAGUAUUUUAAGAACUGCAAGGUAGGCUGUGCUUUUUUAUUUAGCCUGUGCCAGGCUCUUGGUCAGUGUAGAUAAGCUCUCUCUCUCUCCACCCCUCACACAGUUUUCACGGUUUUUCUUUUUUUCGAUCUGUUCUCCCCACUCUCUUGGAGCCUGGAACUGUCUAAUUUUCAUUGAGCUGACCCUAAAGCCCCAUGCAUACAGGUGCAACAUUGUUGGAUGUUACAUGUUACUUGUUGCGUCCAUUUGCACACCGUGUUGUAUGAAGCCUGUCAAACUUUUAGCUACGAGCAAAAAAUGAACAAAACUCCCAACAUUGUUGGACCAACAAUGUUGGGAGUCAUUGCAUCUGUGUGCACAUAGCUUAAAUUAAAGAUAGAUAGACAGAUAGAUAGAAACUUUAUUAAAAGUGUCAAGGCCGUCUAGCCAGGGAAAAAAGAAUCCCUUACUAAUUUGGGGACACCAAUUAGGGGAGAAUAUACAAAGUAAAAACUAUAUACAGUAGUAGGUAAAAUAUCUAUAGUUAUCUAAUUACGAGAUAUAUAGUAAAAAUAUACAGAAGUCAAAAUGAACAAAGGCUACAGCCUGCGCAGCCAUCAUCUAAAAGUUCACUUAUAUUGAGUUGGCGUAUCUUGCUUUUAAACCACAUUAGGGUUGUGACGUCCCUAAUACUCUUGGGUAGUUUUGUCCAUAGCCUAGGCCCUAGAUAUCUAACAGAGUGCUUGCCGUAGGUGACUGUCUCAUACCUAGGUAUAGAGAAAUCUGCUUGCCUCAGAUUGUAAUUACUAUUUGGUUCUUUUAAGAUGUUACUUUAUAUGCAGGGCACAGUUUAUGCUUUACUUUAUACAUAAGGAUGCACAGAUCCUGUAAGCGACUAUUUAGUAGUGUGGGCAGGUCUGCCUUCUCUAAUAGUUGUUCAUAUGUGUUAUUUCAUAAUUAAGCAAUAGAAAACGUUUUCCGUGUUUGCAUAGGCUGAUAUAAACACGAGAGGGGUUGGGAGAAUUCGAGACAGUUAUGCAAACCUGAGACGAAGUCGAGGGUUUGCGUAACUGUCGAGAAUUCUCCCAACCCCUCUCGUGUUUAUAUCAGCCUAUGCAAACACAGGAAAAAAGUUUUCUAUUGCUUUUAUAAAAUAACUUUCCCGAGAAAAAAAAACACAAAACUCUUUGUAUGUCACUGAUUAAAAGAGAAAUUCCUACCAGUCGCAAAAUCUUGUCCACGAAGUCUUGCACGCGUAAUCAGUUCUUGUUUUACAAAAAGAUGCUUUGCAAAAUACAGAUUUUUCUCGCUUAAUACGGUCAGCUUAAGCGAAGAAAAAUGUACACACCUUCUUUGUAAUGAUUUUCCAAGUUUCAGCCAAUGAAGGAAUGGGUAAAUAAAGUAAACUUUUUUAGUUUUGAACUCGAAAACUUUUUCAAAUUUGUGCUUGCGUGAUUAGCGCGUGAAAAGCCAAACAACUUGACGCCACAACCAUGUUUUCAUACUCUCAUGCAAACACUCCUCUCGGCCAAUCAGAGCGCGUGUACUAUCUUAGUUAUUUUAUAAGAGUUUCUGUUAAUUUACUCUAGGUUUAGGACUUGAUGAACAUGAAAGAUUUAACUCAGAGGUAAAUGUAUGGAGUGUUUUUGUUAAAUAAUAUUUAAUUUAUUGAACUUAAUUUACUGAACUUAUGUUCUACAUGUAGAACGUCUUUCCAGAUUUGCUAACAUACAUUGUAAUAAUAAUAUUUUUUGAUUCAUCAACUUUUCUGUUCAUUGUGUUUCUUCUUUCUUUAAUUUUUCAUGUUGUUUAGGUUUAGACAUAGAUUUAAGGUGUUGAUAGACAGGGCCUUAUGUGUCGUCUCUCUUCCCUGAGGAGACUAGAAGGUCUUGCCCAGCCAUUAUUGUGUUGUGAACAAAGGCAGUACAUACUCCUCCGUUACUUAAAGAACCCGAGCUCUGAUCCAACUGGUAAACAAUCCCAGGCCCAUAUUGCUCCAAAGUCAAGUGCCCAAUGAACUCAAUGAUUUUGUUACCCCUGCAUCCUGCGUCUCGGCACAUUACCAUCCCCCAAGAUGCAAGAAUUCACAGCAGGCAUCCUGUAGGAUGCCCAUAUUCAUAAUCAAGCUAAGCAGUGAUUAAUCAGUGACACCUGUCAACUAAUUACUGAGGGUCGUACAUUUAAAGGAAAGAGGCCUUGAUUGACUUUUUUGGUCUUUGGCUGACUUUUAUUUCUCAUUCCAUUUUCACGGCUGUCACUCAAUUUUAAGUAGGCAAGGAAAUUUGAAGAUUGCUCUAGCUGUAGAAUCGUGAUUGUGUUGGCAGUAAUGUUGUGUAUUAUUUUGCUAAAGUAGCAAGGGCUAAGUCAUUUCUUAAUCUAACAGCCAGUCAUUGAAUGUCAAAUUGAAUGCCCUGUAUUACUUGCAGUUUGUUUGUUAAUUACAUGUACAUGUAGUCCUCCUUUUACAAACAUUGAUUUUUGUGUUUAAUAAAAUGUACUUUUAUUAAUUUUAAACAGAAACAUAAAUACAAAGGUCUUCUGUCAGAUCAGCUGGGCUCUGAUAGUGUGUUCUUGAAGAUGGGAGAAUAUGGGCUGAUUUCAUUCUCGGAUUACAUAUUCCUUCUAACAGUUUUGUCAAGUAUGUUGUAAAUUUUUUUCUAAUGUAUAUUUACGGCCCUAUUUCUUCAUCAUGGUAAAUUUAUUUCAGUUGUAGGAUUUCAUCUUCCGAUGUUAAUAUUAUUUUAAGAACACUGAAGCUAACACUAUAAUCACUUAUACAGCCAUGAUGUUUUAUUGUAGUAAGCAAUCUUGAAGUUAGAGGAAGGCAAAAAACUCAUUUACAGAUUAAGUACUUGCUUUAAGCUUUCAGUUUUCUCUCUUCUUCCACACCGAUCCCCUAUUUCCUUUGAAAGUAUCCACAUACAUCUACCUGAUACUUGUCUAUCAUGGAAUUACAGAUUAAGUGAUGAAAUAUGUGAAAAAACUGACUGCCAAUGAAAACUUUUUCUCAUAUUUUCUCGUUUCAAGUUCCCCCUAGAAUGUUUAAAAUUGCAUUUCAAAUGUUUGACUUCAAUGGAGAUGGCGAGGUGUCACCAGAAGAAUUUGAAAAGGUAAGAAACUUGGUACUGAACUGCAAAAAGCUGGAGCUCUCGUUUCAAGUUCCCCCUAGAAUGUUUAAAAUUGCAUUUCAAAUGUUUGACUUCAAUGGAGAUGGCGAGGUGUCACCAGAAGAAUUUGAAAAGGUAAGAAACUUGGUACUGAACUGCAAAAAGCUGGAGCGCCCAUAGUUAGGUGAAACUGGUGCUCUCUCAAAUUUUUUUUAGUAGACCCUGGUAAAAUAAUCAGCUGCAUCCCUGUGUUAUUAGCUAGCAUAUUAUUAUUUUUCGCAUCAAUAAAAAGAAAUUGCAGCUAAAGGCUGUGCUGUUAAAAGUCAAUUAUGGCUCCUAUUUAUAUAGAUCUUCAGUGUAUAAUUUAUCUCCUAUCCACUGCCCACAACUUCAUGUAAGGGGUUUUGUAUAUUCUUUACAUAAAGAGUCCUGCAAGAUUACCAGUCCAAUUAUGAACCAUAUUAAAGGUAUUUGACAUGUACAGUUUGGUUUUCUAAAAGUGAAAUCCUAUCAAGUACUCUCUCAAACUUGUUCAUACCAAUCAUGGAGAGAAAGAAGGAAGAAGGAGGUUUUGGUAUUGUUUACUAUAAUAUAUUUUAAUAAAAUUUUGCAAACUAAGCUGUGAAGUAAUUUCUUUAAAAUAUAUUAUAUCAUUGUAAAGCUACAGUGCAGGGGUUUGGUAAGCUUUUUGACUUGUUGUAGCCCGUUCCCUAAAGGUAUCUGCCUAAGGGGAUACUCGGCACUGCAAAUUUUUUUUUACUCAACCUUUAAACAUGUACCGUUUCUUUUUAUUUCCUGUUAAUUGUUUGCAUUUCAGCUCAUCAAAUAGAAAAGUUAUGUAUCUAAAUCUUAAACUACUGAUCCAUGUGCCAACCAUGAAAAGGGUCUUCCCUCAACGAUACAUACUAUUAAUAAAUCAUAUGAAGGAUAAUGUGUAACUUAUUUGAUUACUCUUAGGUACAGAGUAUCCUGUUUAGCCUGACACAGACUGGAAUGCGACAUCGUGAUCAUUCAGUGACAGGCAGUGUACUGUCGCCACAUGUUAACAGUGGCCUUAAGGAGUACUUCUUUGGGAAAAACAUGGAGAAAAAGCUUACUGUGCAAAGAUUUGCUGAAUUUCAAAAGAAUCUUCAACAGGAAGUCAUGUUCCUUGAGGUACAUUUUCUUUAAAUGAUCAUUUUGAUAAAUGUAACCCUCAACUAGUCUGUCAUUAUGCAAAGAAGAAUGUACUCUAGGCUUGACAGGAGUGAAAUCAUGAAGCCAGAUCAAGCAUUGCUUCUAGGUGUUAGCAAAUUAAUAUUGUCACAAGUGACUGUUGGAAACACCUUAUUUGCUUACAUUUAUUAAGUUGAAGGUCAUUACCUUAUCAGUGUUGUGUAUACUGACUUGAUUUAUUUGUAAUGUCAGUUGACUCACUGUGCAUGUCCCUUGUAGAGUGUGUUUAUUUUGCUCUUUUGGCUUGAAUCGCCUGCAAUCCUACUAUUAUUGGCUACUUCAAUUUGUAUUAAAACCCUUGAUCAGAGCAUACCAUACUACACUGAGACAGACUACUUGGCUUAUGGCUGUUCAUCGGCUUAUACUUUAAAAUUAAUUGCUUUUUUCUUUUUUCGUUAAGUUUAAUUCUUAUGAUCUAGUUGAUGGACGAAUAACAGAAUGGGAUUUUGCUGACAUGCUUCUAACCUACUCAAGUUUCCAUGAAAAGAAAAAACAAAAAAUUCUCAGGAAAGUGAAGAAGUGUUUUAAAGAAAAUUCACAGGUAGGAACAAACAACAACAUAAAUAAAUUGAGAACUUCAUCCUCUUAGUUUAAAAAUUUGUUUUGGUUCAUCAAGAGUUGCUAAUAAAGUGUAUUCACUCACGACUGGCCAGCAUCUAUGCUAAUCAAUAUAAAUGGAGAACUUGACCCUCUUAUUUGAAAAAUUUGUUUUUGUUUAUCUAAAGUUGAUAAUAGAGCAUAUUCACUCACGUGGCCAGCAUAUAUGCUAAUUAAUAUGAGCAAAAGAAAGUUUUUACAUUAGAAAAGAGUUCAGUUCCCACUGGGUUGUCAAGAUUGGUACACCAACAUGGCUGCCGUACGUUUCAUUGUUUUGGAACACCAAUUGACAUGGCUGCCGUGAUGUCAUGUGAAUACGCUCUAAAUGAUAUGAAAACAUAUUUUUUCUUUCUCUGUGACUAAAAGGGUUAGUAUCUGAAGUUAAAAUACUCAGUUCAAAUGUUUUCUGUUUGGAUCAAUAACAGUGUUAACUGUUUUCAUAAAACGGGGAUAUUGGACAAAUAAUAUUAAUAAAUAACUGUUUAUUUAGACCGGCCAGAAUUGUUGGUUAGUCUAAGCUAUACCCUGGUCUAGCCAGUAAAGACAUUAAUGGCUAUUUUUAUUUAUUUCAGUCACACCCACUAGGACAGUAUUAUUUUUAUAUUAUUUUUUACAGGGAAUAACUUUCAAAGAUUAUUUGGAUUUCUUCUGUUUUAUGAGGAACAUUUCUGAGGCAGACAUGGCUUUGAGCUUCCACAAUGCUGCUGGUAAACCUAUCGAUCCAGGUAUACAAUUCCUGACGGGGAGCGAGUUAUUAAACAUUUCAUAAUACAUAUAUUUUCUCUGAUGUGUCUGAUUUGGACAUUAAUUGUGAAGCUAUAGAAAUGAAACCAACUUUUGUUUAUUUGUUACAGACACAUUUAAACAAGUUGCUAAAACAGUGAUGGAUGUAAAUUUGAGUGAUAAUGUGGUGGAUGUUGUUUACAAGAUGUUUGAUGAAAAUGGUAAUAAUUUAUUUAUUAAUAAUACGACUAUUGCUAGUGUAAUGUUUUACAAGUGUUGUUCCUGCUUUCAGACUCUAAAAUCGAGACAACAGCUACAUGUCUUGUAAAUUGUUCUUAUUGAAUGGUCCUCAUAGCCCAGGAGUAAACAUUUAUUAUAAGUAAAUCUUCUCCCCUAUAGUUGUCAAAGGAGUCAGUCCUUUCUCCAUUUUACUUUUUUCCUCAAAUGUAUUUUGUUUGGUUUUAAUGAGACAUUGUGUCCACAUCUCCAUACUCUCCAUUCUCUGUCCACACCUCCCUGAAACUGACCCCUAAAGUUGCAGGUCCCUGCUGCCCAUUCUUCAGUCUUUUUCUACACUUACAACCAGUGCCAUGGUUGUCCAUCAUGUACAAACUUGGAAGGCUUGGGAUAGGAUAUUUCAGAUGAUGGUUCAAGUCAUUUUUCGUCAAUACCAACUUCUCAAAGUACUUUAUUAUCUGUAGAGAGUAAUGUUUCCUAUUUUUUUCCAUUUCAGAUGAUGGUGUUCUUAGCCACAAGGAGUUUGUUGUUGUCAUGAAAAACCAACUUGUCAGAGGGCUAGAAAAUGUAAUUAUCUUUGUUAAAGAAAAUAUUUUAACCUUUAAAAAUUACGAUUUUUUUAAACUCAUUGACUUACUCAUGGUUGUUUAAUCAUGGCUCACAAAGACGAGUUUAAACAUUCACAGGCAUUUUGCAGCUUCUUAAAGUUUCCCGUCCCCUCUUUUCAUAUUGUCUUAUUUAUCUUCUCAUGUUUUUUUUUGGUUUAAGUGUAGUCAUAAUGGGCUUGUUAGGCUAUGUUUCUGGAUUUGUUUGCUUUGGGUUUGGUUUGCCGUUAGAUUUUUCACCCCCUGGUCCCAGAUGUUCCAAAGGUGGGUAGGGCAGUAAUUUUUGUUUCCCUAAUACUUAUCCACUGGAUAGUAAUUUAUCCGGUGGAUAUCGCUAUCCAGCUUUUGAACAACUGGGGCCUGGUUAAUAGGACACUCAUCAUUCACUUGUGACCAGGUGUUAACUUUGAAAUUUUCCUCAAUUUACAGCCCAAGGACACAGGAUUCAGCAGACUGAUGCAGGCUAUUUGGCAUUGUGCAAAACAUGUUACAUAUACAACACUCCAUCCAAAGAAAUCAACAACAGCUGAAGACUGACAAGAUGAGACGAACACAAAUACAGCCAGUA